AUGUGGCCGUGCGAGGAACGCAUCAUCAAGUUGCAAGAUGACAAAAAUCCGCACGUGACUCCAAACGAUCCGCAGAACGUGUCGCGCCCGCGCGAAGUGUUUGAGGCAGCGGGGUCCAAGCAGGAUGGCGUGGCGUCCGCCGUUCUUGAACGCGCACUGGCUGUCGAGUUGGUGGAGACCCAGUCGAUCAAUGAGCUGGUCCAGGAGCUCGAGGCCAUUGUUUUAUGCGACGAGGAGUCAGACGACAUCAUUGAUGAAGGUUCCUCAGGUCAACCCCCUCCUGAGUCGAAUGGCAAUGAAGCGCGAGCUGUCCCUCCCAACUGA